AUGGGUCAAGCCAAGUUAUUCAUUAUUCUGUUCAUCUGCGUAUUCCUCUUCAUUGCGCAAUCGGAAGCUUGCGUCGGUGGGCUAGGGGGAGGCGGUAUGGGCCUUCCUGGUCUUGGCGGUCUUGGCGGUCUGGGUUGUGGUGCUCCUGCACCCCAACCCGCUCCUUCUCCACCUUCGGGUGGAUGUCCAUGUGGAAAGUAG